AUAAGUUAAUUGCUUGGUUAUAUAUAAUAAACAUUUUAAAUUAUUAUAGUUAAUUUUCAUUAUUGAAAAAUUCAAAAUGAAAAUAAAAACCACUUAUAUUCAUCUAAUUUUGAUGACAAUUUUCACUUUUACUGAAAGUAUAAAUAUAUUGGUGGUCAUGCCUCACAUAGGUAAAAGCCAUCAGCUUGUAUUUGAGCCUCUUUUUAAAAAAUUGACAGAGAAACAUAAGCUGACUAUUAUUACGAGAUAUCCUCAAAAAAAUCCAGGACUAAAUAGAAGGGACAUUAACAUUGCACCGGAUUAUUUGGAUAUAAGUGACACAGAGAUAUUGUCUUUUAAUAAUUUUACUGGUUCAAGAAUAGAGAAAUACACCACAGUAAAUUUAUUGGCAUUUAUUGCGCAUCAAGCGUGCAAAGACGGCCUAUCACAUCCAAAUUAUAUGAAGUUUCUAAAAGAAAAUAAUCAUUUUGAUUUAAUUCUAAUUGAAGUGUUUAAUACUCCUUGUUUUAUGGGGGUUGCAAAGAAAUUUAAUGCACCUAUGAUAGGUUUAUCCUCAUGUAUGUGGUUACCAUGGACGUUCAAAUGGUUUGGGUCAGAUUCGAAUCCAUCUUACGUUCCAAAUCAUUUUCUGGAUCACACUGAUCGUAUGAGUUUUCUAGCUCGUGUUGAAAAUACUUUAAUACAUAUCUAUAGUAACAUAGUUUACAAUAGUGUUAUAGAAAAAUCUGGAAGGCAAAUCUCUAAAGAAUAUACAGAUAUAGAUUUUAACGAAAAUGGUGAUAUUAUGGGUAACAUAAGCUUAUUGUUGAUUAAUACUCAUUUUAUUCUGAACUCGAGGUUACCUAUGAGUCCUAAUAGUAUAGGAGUAGGUGGUAUUCAUGUGGAUUCUGUACCAGUGAAACCUUUGCCACAGGACCUUGAAAGAAUUGUGAACGAUUCAAAACAUGGUGUUAUAUAUAUGAGCAUGGGUUCAACUCUAAGAGGAGAUUCUUUUCCUGAAGACAAAAAACAAGCGAUUUUGAAAGCAUUCUCCAGAAUUCCUCAACGAAUCGUAUGGAAAUGGGAAGGAGAAAUGAAGAAUAAGCCUGAAAAUGUGUUAACAUACAGAUGGGUACCCCAAAGAGAUAUUUUAUGUCACCCAAAUACUAAGUUAUUCAUAUCCCAUGGUGGACUCUUGGGAACUAUAGAAACUAUAAAUUGUGGAAAGCCCGUUCUGCUUCUACCACAAUUUGGUGAUCAGUUCGCAAAUGCUGCAGCAGUUGAACAAAAUGGUGGAGGUUUAGUAUUGAAUAUGAACGAUGUUAACGACGAAAUUUUAUAUGAAAAGUUGCAGAUAUUAUUGAGCACAAAUUUCAGUACAAGCGCCAAAGAACUAUCUAUCAGAUAUAAAGACAGACCUUUGUCACCCAUGGAUACAGCUCUAUAUUGGAUUGAAUAUGUUUGGAGACAUAAAGGAGCUCAUUUCAUGAAAAUAGAGUCAGUGGAUAUGCCUCUAUACAAAUAUUAUUUAUUGGAUGUUAUCACUUUUUUGUCGAUUAUAGCUUUAAUUGUAUUUUAUGUUAUUUAUGCAAUUAGUAAAUACGUUCUCACGAAAUUAUUUAUAAGACAAGAAAAAAUAAAAUCAUCUUAA